GAAGAUGGCAAUGGAGAUGAGGAGAAUUUUUCUGCGGAAAUGUAAUGGUAUUCUCUCUAUCUCUUCCUUUCAUAUUUCACAUUCUUAUUCUUCUUCUUCACGCCGUAGUAAAGUAAAGGGUAGAGUUGUGUUAAAUUUUGAGAAACUCAAGUGUUUAGAUGAUGCUGUUACUCUCUUCCAUCAAAUGGUUACAAUGAAGCCUCUUCCUUCAGUUGUCGAUUUCUCUAAAUUAUUUAAGAAUAUGAUAAGUAUGAAGCAUUACUCUGCUGUCCUUUCUCUUUUUCGAGAAAUGCAGAAAUUGGGUAUCCAAAUUGAUGGAGUCAUUUUGACCAGUGUGAUUAACAGUUAUUGCAUGAUGCAUUGUGCUGAUUGUGGAUUUUUGGUGUUAACCAUUUACUUGAAGAAUGGCGUUUCAUUUGAUGUUGUCACCUUUACCACCCUAAUAAGGGGACUAUUUGCUGAAAAUAAGGUUAAAGAUGCAGUUGAAUUGUUCAAAAAAUUGGUGAGAGAGAAGAUUUGUGAGCCUGAUGAAGUCAUGUAUGCAACAGUCAUGAAUGGACUCAGUAAAAGGGGUCAUACUCAGAAAACUUUAAGUUUGCUCCGGUUAAUGGAACAAGGGAACACUAAACCCAAAAUAAUUAACUACAACAUUGUUAUAGAUUCCCUUUGCAAAGAUGGAAACUUAGAUGAUGCUAUCAUCCUUCUGAAUGAGAUGAAGCAGAAAGACAUUUGUCCCGAUGUAGUCACAUAUAAUUCAAUAAUUGAUAGUUUGUGUAAGUUUGGUCAGUGGGGAAAAGUAAAGACUUUGUUCUAUGAGAUGGUGAACCUUAAUAUUUAUCGAGAUGUGCGAACUUUCAAUAUACUAAUAGAUGGACUAUGCAAAGACGGGAAAGUUGAAGAUGCUGAGGAAGUAAUGAAACAAAUGGUUGAAAAGGAUGUCGAGCCUAAUGUAAUCACCUACAAUGUGAUAAUGGAUGGAUAUUGUUUGCGUGGUCAACUAGAUAGAGCUAGGAGAAUUUUUGAUAUCUUGAUAGAUAAGGGCAUUGAGCCUACCGUUUUUAGCUAUACCAUACUAAUAAAUGGAUACUGUAAGAAAAAGAAAAUUGCCAAGGCCAUGCAAUUGUUUUGUGAAAUUUCUCAAAAGGGAUUAAAACCUAAUAUUGUUACCUACAAUACUAUCUUGCAAGGUCUUUUUGAAGUUGGAAGAAUUGGUGUUGCAAAACAAUUGUUUGUUGAGAUGGUAUCUACUGGGCCGGUACCUAACUUAUCUACUCAUAACACUUUGCUUGAUGGUUAUUUUAAGUAUGGACUUGUUGAAGAAGCUAUGUCACUCUUUAAUAAGUUGGAAAGAAAGAAAGAAAAUAUUGAUAUUGGAUCUUACAAUAUUAUCAUUAAUGGAUUGUGUAAAAACGGUAAACUCGAUGAAGCUUAUGCUAUUUUUGAGAAGCUUUCUUCAAUGGGAUUGCUUCUGAAUGUGAGAACAUACAAUACAAUGAUAACUGGAUUUUGUCUACAAGGGUUGUUAGAUGAAGCUAAAGAUAUGCUUAGAAAAAUGGAGGGGGACAAUUGUCUUCCAAACAAUGUCACUUACAAUGUUAUUGUGCAAGGGUAUCUUAGGUGCAGGAAAAUAAAUGAAAUGGUAACUUUUAUGAAUGAAAUGACUGGAACGGGCUUCUCAUUUGACGCAACUACAGCUAAGUUACUGGUAAAGGAAAUAAGUGAGAAUCCUUCCAUCCUUGAGAUGAUACCAGAGCUCCACACGGAAAAGAAGAAGUGAAAAUUGUUAUCGCUUGGUUUAUUCGGCUAUGUUUUAAACUUUGAUACAGUUUUGUUUAUCACCUCAAAUGAAAUUGAAUCCAAUGCAAUUGUGGAAGAUGAAAUAUGGCAAUCAAAAUGUUGCUUUGGCUUUCAGGCUGGCUUAUUGAGGAGAACAGGUUCAUCACGAUCACGCCAGAAACUGAAGUUCUGAAAGCGAAGCAACUGAUGAUAGGUGCUAGAUUACAUUGAAGAUAGCGGUCUUGAGGAGAUUGCAUAAGGAACUUCAAGAGCUUAGGGUGUUUCCUUCUGGUCCAUUUGCUCCAGGACAAAUGUAUCCUUGACAGAGCAAGAGCUACAGCUGCCCUAAGCUUCAGUCAGUUUUA